ACCGUUUCUCCGUUUCCCGCCCAAUAAAUACCGCGAUGCUCUCUCAAUUUCAUAUUACACUUACUCUGAAAUCUGAUACGCCCUUCACGCCCAUUUCAAAUUUCCAAAUAUUUCUUACACGAAGAAGAAGAUGAUCUCCUCUCUCAAAUCCGAAGAACAGAGCCAGCUACAGCUCGUGGAACGAGAAGAUAUUGAUGAUGAAGAAGACCUCUUCGAAGCGAUUGACAAGCUAAUCGCUCAAGGAAUCAAUGCCGGAGACAUUAAGAAGCUUCAAGAUGCAGGGAUUUACUCAUGCAAUGGCUUGAUGAUGCAUACGAAGAAGCAUUUAACGGGAAUAAAAGGCUUAUCUGAGGCUAAAGUCGAUAAGAUCUGCGAAGCUGCAGAGAAGAUAGUGAAUUUCGGUUACAUUACAGGAAGUGAUGCUCUGCUCAGGAGAAAGUUAGUUAUUCGCAUAACAACUGGAAGCCAAGCCCUUGAUGAGCUGUUAGGGGGUGGGAUCGAAACGAGAUCAAUAACAGAAUCCUUUGGGGAAUUUCGGUCUGGAAAAACACAGCUUGCGCAUACUCUGUGUGUUUCGACUCAGCUUCCUACUAACAUGCAUGGAGGAAAUGGAAAGGUUGCCUACAUUGACACUGAAGGAACUUUCCGACCCGACAGGAUUAUUCCCAUUGCUGAAAGAUUUGGUAUGGACCCCGGAGCUGUCCUUGAUAACAUAAUCUAUGCUCGUGCAUAUACGUACGAGCAUCAGUAUAACUUGCUUCUGGGUCUGGCUGCUAAAAUGUCUGAAGAACCGUUCAGACUUCUGAUCGUUGACUCUGUUAUUGCUCUCUUCCGGGUAGAUUUUACUGGAAGGGGUGAACUUGCAGAUCGCCAGCAAAAACUGGCGCAAAUGCUCUCCCGAUUAACAAAGAUAGCUGAAGAGUACAAUGUUGCAGUAUACAUGACCAACCAAGUUAUAGCUGACCCAGGGGGAGGAGUAUUCAUAUCAGAUCCAAAGAAGCCAGCAGGUGGUCACGUUCUUGCUCAUGCCGCCACAAUAAGACUGAUGUUCAGGAAAGGAAAAGGAGAACAGCGUGUCUGCAAGGUUUUUGACGCCCCAAACCUACCUGAGGCUGAAGCAGUAUUUCAGAUUACACCAGGUGGUAUUGCAGAUGCAAAGGAUUGAAGCAGCAAGCUCCUUUGUUUCUUAUGCACAUUAAUAAGGAGAGGCUGCUAGUUAGCAAAUGUUUUAUUCAAAUGUUUACUGCAGUUUAGAUCAAGUACGCCAUAUCUCUUUUGGAUUUGAAUAUUGUUAGUGUAGAAGGGCUUCAGCUGUUCUGGCUUAAGUACCUCAUAUCCUAUGUAUAGCAAAUAUCAACACUAGUCACUUGUGUGCGCUCUGCAUUUAAAAUAGGUUUUCAAGUGUUUGCCAUAUUUUUUAAAAGAUAUAUAAUCAACUUCCAGAUAGUGAAAUUUACAUGCAAAA